ACAGGAAGCUUUCAUUCAUCGAAAAUGGCAGAUUUUAUAAUUGGUCAAACUCUGCCUCCCAAUCCCAAGUCUUCUUCUUUAUUUACAAAUCUAAAAACUUCAUUGUCCCCAAAUCCCUAAACCCGCAUAAUCUCCAUUCUCCGAUCUCUUUGUUUUUCUUUUUGUCUACACUUACAAGUUACAAAACCCCAGAGAAAACCCUUAAACCAAAUCUACUCAACUCCUCACUCUCUGCUCUGUUUUCUCAAUGGCUUGUUUCUUGAAUUGCGUCCGAUUCGAAGCCUCCGCGACGACCACCGACAAGCCCACAAGCAAAAGAGGAGCUUUAAACGUCUCUGGCGUGACCUGUUACACCUGGGAUGACGUGAAAGCUCUCACUUCCAAUUUCUCUAGACUGAUUGGUUCCGGUGGCUACAGCAGUAUCUACAUGGCUCGCUCCGGUGGCUCUGACAAGGCGGCUCUCAAGGUUCACGUUAGCAGCCACCGUCUCUACCAGAUCUUCAGAGUCGAGCUUGAUAUCUUGCUCCGUCUUCAACAUCCCAACAUUGUCAAACUUCUCGGCUAUUUCGACGAUUCAGAGGAAAAUGGCGCUCUUCUUCUCGAAUAUCUUCCUCAAGGAAAUUUACAGGAGAAGUUACAUAUCAACAGCAAGCAAAUUUUGCCAUGGAGGAACCGUAUCACCGUUGCGUUUCAAUUAGCUCAAGCCAUUGAACACAUUCACGAGAAAUGUAUCCCUCAGAUAGUGCACGGGGACAUCAAAUCCUCCAACAUCCUCCUAGACAAAAGCUUCAACUGUAAGCUUUGCGAUUUCGGGUCAGCUAAAGUCGGUUUCUCCUCAAUGGUUCAGCCUUCUAAGAUGUCGUCUAGAUCUAGACAAGUGAUGAUGGUGGGAUCACCGGGUUACACAGACCCUCAUUACUUGAGAACCGGGAUAGCUUCCAAGAAGAUGGAUAUGUAUGGUUUUGGAGUUGUGCUUCUUGAAUUGGUUUCAGGGAAAGAAGCGUUUAACGCCGAGAAAGGCGAGAUGUUGGUUCAUAUAGCUGCUCCGCUUAUACAUGAGGUUCUUGAUUCAAGCGUAGACAUUGCAGAAGACAAUGUGAGACGGUUUUUGGAUCCGAGGCUGUUGAGAGAUAGUAUUCAUAUUGAUGAAGUGAAGACAAUGCUUAGUGUUGCUGCGCUUUGUAUCAGUAAACCACCAUCUCAAAGACCUUCGGCUUCUCAAAUGGCAGAGACUCUUGUACAGAGAAUCCCGUCUUUGAGUUUCCUCGGUUGUGCUAAAUUGUAAAGGAGUGUGAGUUUAAAGGCAUUCAAAGAUUUUAUGUAGUUUAGAUUUUUGUGCUUGAAACAAUAGUGUACAGUUCUUGAAAAACCAGCAAGAAAAACCAGCAAGAUAAAAACUAUGUAAAUACUCUGUUUUGUUAUGUGAAUAGC